AUGAUUGAAGCAGAUACGUUACAGCAAAGCAAGCCACUGUCAAGACAUCUGGUGAGUAACAAUGGCCAGUUCAGGUUUUCGGUCGUUAGUCGUUACGCUGGAUGUUUGGUUGAAGUCACCUGUGACGUAGCGUGCAUGCCUUCGUUGUACCAUUUCAAGCUUGUUUACAUUCCACUGUGUGUCUCGGUCCCAUGCUGUUGCAGCAUAUUCCACCAUUGGGCAUUCAUAUGUGAAGUAUGUAGCCUUGAUCUUGUGCCUACAGUGCUUAAAUUUCCGUCAUCGGAUGGCGGUGACAGAAUUCGCUUUCUUGACAGUAUCCACAUGACUGUUGAAGUUGAGUUUGUGGCUAUUAAGAACCAGAUCAAGAUUGAAUUUCCAAUCAAUGAUUACUCCAAACUCCAAGGGGAGAUCAUAGGACCACCAGACACACCGUACCAGGGUGGUAAAUUCAAGUUACACAUCGAAGUCCCAGAGACGUACCCCUUCAAUCCACCUCGUGUAAAGUUCUCGACCAAGAUUUGGCAUCCGAACAUCAGCUCCGUGACGGGGGCCAUCUGUUUAGACAUCCUGAAAGACCAAUGGGCAGCGGCCAUGACGUUACGUACAGUCUUACUAUCAUUACAGGCAUUACUGGCAUCACCUGAACCAGAUGAUCCCCAGGAUGCUGUAGUAGCCCAACAGUACAAGGAAGACCAUGAUGCAUUUAUCAAGACAGCAGAACAUUGGACAACAGUGUAUGCAGACGGUAGUGCCAAAAAUCAAAAUUUGGAAGAGAAAGUCAGGCAAAUUGUAGAAAUGGGUUUUGAAGAACCGUGUGCAAGGGAAGCAUUAUCUUUAUCUUGUUGGGAUGUAGAAAAAGCCAUUGAAAACUUAAUGAGUUGAGAGUAACUUUUCUAUUGUCUUCAUGUAUAUUUUCUUCUUUUUUCAUCUGUGUAAUUAAUCUUAUUUAAGUAGAAAUUAAGGAGAUUGGUUUGCUCUUUAAAAUGUAAGAGAUAUGGAGUUGCAAAUGUUGUGUCAACCCAUCGGGGAGGGAAUCAGAUUGUACUCUCUUUUUGGCUUCAAAUGGAUUUGGAGAAUUCAAUCAUCAAGGUUGUAUAAGACAUCCAGAAAAAAGGUACCAAUCUUAUUCUGUGGGUGUAUAUUCGGCUUUACCAACAUUCUUAAGAGUUUUGUGCAUUGCUUAACUAUCCAAAGUAGCUUCAUUAGUUAUGGUGUGCAAUGCACAUUUUUCUCUUCAAAAUGGACAUUUGCAUAAUCUAUUUCCAUCCCAUUGGGGGGGGGGGGGAGACUGAAACAAUAAAUGGCCAACAUAGAGAUCUGAGAUGGCAGAGUGCUUUUGUUUUGGUGUGCAAAAAUUUACUGUUAUAUCCAAUGGGGAAGCUUGGGGUCUUAUGUAAUUUUUGCAACAUGGCUAUAAAAUCUCCUAUAAGACAUAAAAAAAAAUGGAUAAUAACUUGCUGAUUUUGCUUUCAAUGCCAUUGUGGACAUGUUUUCAAUCCUAUUUACCCAGCAUUUUGAUUCUGCAACAACAGAGAGCGGAACACUAAUGAAUCAGAAGAGGAAAAUAGACAAAGUGAUGAGUAAUGCUGCUUAGUAUCUAAUGACCAUUGUGCUUUUAUUAUUCUUCAAAAGUCACAACUCUGAUAUUUUUUGUCCACUCCCUUUUUGUUUACUUUUUUUUAUGAUUAAGUGCCAUAACUUAAUAUAUGAAUCAUCAUAGUACCUUUGGGUUAAGCUUUCAGAUAGGUCAUAAUGCUGUUGAGUUGGUCACGUGAGCACAAGAAUUUAAAUUGAAAUUAUUCCUUGUCAAUUUGGUGAUAUGGUAAUGUACAAACAAAAGCUAUGAUUAAACCAUGUACACUGCAUUUGUAUACUAUAACUCUUUAAAGAAAAGUCAGAAUAUUUUUUUUCAAUAUACAUGUAUUGUUUAUGAAUCAAGCCUGAAUUGUCACAGCUAAGCCAAUUUUAGACGUACUUGAGAUUGAUAUCAAUUAUUCAGUUGGAAAUUAGAGUCUAGAUAAAAUUGAAUUUGGGUUGAUUUUUAAAGUCAGUUACAAGAUUUUAUAAGCCAGAGUCCAUUUUAUCAUCUUGUUUCUUAAUCAUAGCAGUUUAGAAGGAUAUGAUGAAUCCCCUAAAUUGAGUCCUCUGUCCUAUGCAAGACACCUUAACUUUUUAAUUGUGUUUCACAUAUUCUAUGAGAAACGGCUCUAUGCUUUAUUGAAAUAAGAAUACUAUAAUUGUAAUUUUAUGUUCAUGAAAUAUUUACAACCAAUUGUGUACCUGUACAAAAAGAUGUCUGGUAAGAAACAAAAUCCAUCCCAUAUUCACAAAGAAAGUGAUUUAAUGUUGUCAUGUGAUCUACACUUAGAUUCCCUGGUCCUACCCAACUAUUUUGAUGUGGGGUGUAGAAGAAAUGGCACAAGCCUCCAUUAAAGUGGAAAUCAUUCAUUUGUAAGGUAGUAUUAUUGUUAGCAAAUAGAUAGGUAACAUAGUCAUUUUUUAAAAUAUCUGGUUGAAGAUCUAGGCUUCAAAAUGAUAUUGAUUAGAAGUCCAAGGAGAUUAGAUUUGACGGACAUUUUUAGAUCACAUUAUAGAUGUCUUUAUAUCUCUUAUCAUUUAUAAAGAAAGUCAUCCAGCCACCAAAAAAAUCUUAAAAAAAAUAAAAAAAUAAAAAUGAUGUAAAUUUUGUGUAAAUUUGUUAGGUCAGUACUGAUGUACUGGUUCAGAUUAUUAUAUGAUGAUGUAGAUGCUUUAGAAAGCUAAAAUUAUGGAGAUAAAAGAUUUGUUCAGACAUGACACUUUGAAACUCAUGAAUGAAGCUCAGCAUUGUGAAAUUUGUCAUUAGGAUGUGAGAUGAUAAAGAACAGAGGAGAUGCAAGAAGCCUAUUGUCAUUCUAUAAAUACCUGCACAACAGUUAAAAAUUGUUUAGUUGAAGUUGGUUCAAAAUAUGCUUUGGCAAGAGUUAUGCGGACAAAUUUGUGGCAUCAAUUGUCCCAUGACUCACAACAUUAUUAUCAUGAAAUCAUUAUGAUGUCAAUUAGAAAUAAUUUAUGACAUAAUGAUAUCAAUAUGGUGUUAUUUUUAUAGGUUUAAGCAAUUCUUUUAGCAACUCACAGUAUAUUAUGCAUGUUUAUAAGCAUAAGUGGGUUAGAUUUGUCUCACCAUGCCUAAACACUUAAAACGUUGGAGAGCUUUGAUGUCUCAUGUCUGAACAAGACUUUACGGAGACAAAGAAGUCAACUCGUUUUGUUGCUGUCAUUUUUAUAUAAAGUAUAUAUCUUUAAUUAUGUACUCGUCUCAUGUUGAGAGGCAUGUGGAACUGUGUCUUGGAACACCUAGAAUGUUUUUCUUUCCUUUUUUAUUCUUGCCCUUGACAUGCUUUUUUAAAUGUUCCAUCUUAUCAGAUUAAGAAAAGAUGUAAUGAAGAUUUCAAAUAACAAUAAAAUAUGACUUCUGUAUUCAUUCAUAAUGUACAGUAUCAAAGGAUUAUCAAGAGUGAUACUAGGUUAAUAUUUUUUUUUUUUUUCCGAGGCACUACCUUCCAACCAAAUUUCAAACUCUCUGAUUUCUGCCUCUUGUACAUCCCGCACAGGAAAUGCAUUUUCUGAUGCAUUGUGGGGUAUUUCAGUCAACACAUACAGACAUAGCAAGCAGCAGAUGGCAUUAUAUAUCAGGGGCCUGUAAAAUACCAUUUGUUUAUUUGAGAAUUAAUUUAGAUAUAAGAAACAGGAACUUGAAUCACAAGCCACACAAACACGCCUGAACAAUGGGAAGAUUCAAUUUUCCAAUUAUUGAAGCGAUUUGUGUUUCUGACUUCUGCAUGCUCAUUGCCUCUGCACUGCUUUGGGAUGACCCAAGAAGUAAAGGUCAAAUUGGCCCAUAUUCACAAAGGUGGUUUUGAAGACCCAUCGGUUGAACCCAUGAUUUAUGUAAAUUUCCUGUAUAAAUUAUGCCUAUUUACUGCAUAUAUUAAAAAAUGUCCAAUGAUGAUGUACGCUUUUGUCACAGUGCGCCAAAUUGAUGCCUGUUGUCAUGGUCAAGUACGCUAUUUUAUUCAGGAGUCCCAUUGUUUUGAAUUAAGGAGUCCACUCUUCAAACAGUGGACUCAUUUAUAAAAUAGCGUACUUAACCAUGGCAACAGGCGUCAAUUUGGUGCACUGUGACAAAAGCACACAUGAGCAUUGGCUUUUUUUUAAUAUACGCGGUAUUCAAGCAUAAUUUAUACAGGAAAUUGCAUAAACCAUGGGUUCAACCGAUGGUUUUCAAAACUACCUUUGUGAAUUCGGGCCAUAAUGUUUAUCCAAAAUAAGAAACUUUAGUGUGAAACUGAAGAAUGAAAGGCAAUUUGUUGUGCUGUAUCUAUUUUCCACAAGUUGUUUUGCAGUGAUGCCGGAACAUUUUGAGCAGACAGAACUCUUUGAGGGUUGAACCAUCGUUACUGGUAUUAUGAUUGUUCUCUGGUAUAUACUGUACACACACUCUUCCAUUUCCCAUUGUGAUCACAUGGUAGAAACUCAAGUAUAUUUGAUGUAUAGUGACUAUACGUAAAUUCAUUGAAAGUUUUCCAAAUUGGUUAUGAAUAAUGGUAUGCACUUUUGCCUACCUAUAUCAAUUGAUUAUUACUAGAAAUAGAACCUAUACUGAGUAAUCUUGUAUUACAUAUGAAACAAGGUGAACUACAAUAGUGUUGAUUUAUUUUCAAUCUUUCAUUAUUUAAUCCAGUAUUUAUCAUUUUAGCUUCAUUAUUAUUUACAAACAUGAUCAUAUGUACUGUUGUAUACAUGUAUACAUGUAUACAAACAUGAAACACUACCUGUAGUAUAUGAACUUCAUGUUAAUACACUGCAUGUGUAUUCCUCAUAAAAUAUUCUAUGUUUAUCAUGCAUAAAUUUGUUUAUCAUUAAAUUCACAUACUAUAAAUUUCCAGUCAUUAUAAGCUGGAUUUGUAAUCUUUAAUUUACCAUCUCAGUUUUAUUUUCAGCAUAUUAUUGAAUUAUGCUGUGACGGGUUUACACCCAGAUGAAACACUUUAUUGAAUUAGGUGACUGCUGUUGAACAUUCAGUAGUUAAUAUAUGCUGUAACUGGUUUGAUACCGAACUCCGAAAUGAAACACUUUGUAGAAUUGGGUUACUGGUGUUGAACAUUCAGUAGAUCAUAUGCUGUAGCUGUAACUGGUUUAACACCAACUAUGGAACACUUUGUAGAAUUGGGUUACUGGUGUUGAACAUUCUGUAGAUCAUAUGCUGUAGCUGUAACUGGUUUAACACCAACUAUGAAACACUUGUAGAAUUGGUUUACUGUUCAGUAGUUUAUAUGCUGUCACUGGUUUAACCCCAAACACCUGAGACACUUUCUAGAAUUUAAUGAUUGGUGUUGAUGUGCCAGUAGUUCAUAUGUCAUGGCUGGAUUUACACCAAAUACCCAAAUUAAACUUUGGUAAAUUGGGUGACUUGUCUCAGUUUAUACCUCACAAUAAUCACUGUUUUCUUGAAAUGUCUCUCGAGGCCGAAUCGAUGAAAAGUCACAUUAAAAAUAUAAUUCAAAUAAGAUAUUGCAUUCUUUUAAUCUAACACAUUUCCAUGGUCUCACCUGAUACCUGAUUGUGUUAUGGUUUCAAAAUAAAAUUUAUCACAUUUUUAAAAUCCACCAUUAUAGCCUUUAAAUAUGUUUAUCUAAAAAUGCGUUUGCUGAAAUCCCUUUUGGGAUGGUUCAUGAAAAUGGCGACAAAUCAAUGUAGCACUUUCAGGAAACUGAUACCACUUUAAGAAUGCUAAAUACAUGUAUUACAGUGCCCCAGAAAUGUAAAUUCUGGAUUGCUAAUCAAAACCCCAAACAUCUUCUAUUACUCUCUUUAGCGAUCUUUUUUUUUUAAUUAGGUAAAUUUGCUUGAUUUCAUUUUUAACAGAAGCAACACCUUCUGUGUGCAUUAGAUAUUAUUGAAAUGAUACUGCAGAUGGAAUAUAGACGAUAUAUGUUUCCAUGGCUUAACCUUAUCAAGGAGCCGGCAGUUUGUUUUUGUUUUAUGUCUGUUGUGACGUUGAUUUGCACAAAUAUGAUGCCGAUAAUAUCCGUUCAGGUUGCAGGCAUCUUGAGUGUUGUUUUAGCCUGUUAUUUUAAUUCAAGAAGAUGAUAUCAUGUGUUGAAAAAUGGAACUUUAUAAGAUGUUGAUGUGUAUAAUUAUAAAAGGUCUAUUGUUUAUCACUGAUGAUUAGGGCCGACACCACCAUAAAUUGUAUCUGAAAUUCAAUAACCACCAGAAUUGAAAGCAAGUUUGUUCAUGCUGUAAUCCCCACUUUGGUGAUGUUACCUGUUAUAGUUUUACUUUUUUAGAUAUGAUUUUAAUUAUUUAAGGGUUAUAUUAACUCCUUUCAUCCCCAUGGUUUGUACAGUGUCGUGUGUUUUUGUUUUGUCAAAGAAGAUACUGUUACCAAAUACUGUGUACAAAUUGCACUGUUGAUUAUGUAAUAAAAGGAAAGCUCUAAGCAGCAGGGACUUUUUGUCUCAGCUGGAAAAUAUGGAAAAGAACAAUGA